AUGUACCAGUCUACCUACAGUUGCAAGGAUUGUGUGGAACACACCCGCCGUAAACGCUUGGACUGUGCGGCGCCAGUGCAGCGCUUCAAAGCCAAGGUCUCAAGAAUACUGGAUACCAAGAAGGUGGACAUCAACAAAUGCAAUUAUCUCGGGCGAAAUGCACUCCACGAGGCAGCUCGUUGUGGACACGCAGACAUAGUCAAGCUCCUGCUGGAUUCGAGAGCCGAUAUCGAGGCUCCCAUCACCGAAGACUUCGCCACCUUUGGCGUGAAGACGGCCGCCGACCUGGCAGCUUACUUUGGAUCCCUACACGCGUUCAAGGUCCUCCGCGAGUACAACGCAUCCGUGAGCGCCACGACGCUCACCUGCCUCCUCCGCGGCGAAGGCCCGCGCUACACCGAGGCCGUCGAGGCCUUGCUGACGGAGGCCAAGGCCCAACCUGGGCAAGCCCGUCUCCGAGAGCACCUCCGGGUUCUCCUCCUCCCCUCCUGUGACCUGGAGGUCGACACUUGGGGCGCGGCAGCAGCAUCUGGUGGCCUCAACGAGCAGAACCUUUUCGAGGCUGCCGAGGUGGGCGUGACUUUACUGGAGAUGCCGCUGCUUGCCCCGGUAGCACGCGCGAGGAUGCUCUUGGCUGCUGUGGCAGAGACCGCCAAUGAGGAGUCGGUUGCCACUGACACGGUCGACGCGUUGAUAUCGGCGGCAUGGCUUCAGAUGCGUGCUUCCACAGCGGCGGACAUACUGCUGAUGUUGACGAGCGUGGUGUGCUUGUGCCGGGUCAGCUACGCCUACCGCUACGGAGGCGUAGAUGCCAUGCCGGCCUUGUGGACUUUGACAGUUAUCCACUCGAAGGAGGCUCUCGAGUGGCUGUCACAGGCUGCUUCCCUCUUCUGGAGCCAAUGCUGCGGAGGCCGCAAGUCCGAGGAUUCCGCUCUGGGACUCGAGUCCUUGGCGGACCUGCUGUACCUGGUCUUGGGCUAUUUGAGCAUUUGGUCUCAGAUGGAGCAACAGGAACUGGACCAAAGCUUUAUGCCCGUUUUUUCAGCCAUGUCUUGGCUGAGACUACUCUACAGCCUGCGUGGCGAGCGGUGGCUGGGGCCUCGUUUGCUACCCAUCCUGUCGGCCGUCAGGGAUACGUGGUCGUUUUUUCUGGUGACCGUCCUGUGCCUAGCAUCGGCGACACAUGCCUAUUUCAUCUUAAACCCCAGAGGGGAAGACCCACUGCCGAUAUACUCUGCCUUCACCCAUACAGUGCGCCUUGGCAUUUUUGGGGACUUCGACCUCUUUGAGUACCAGGGACAAGACACCACCUUCGCAGUCGAUGCUACAGGUGCGUGGGUGCCCAAUGAUCCGGUCCCCGGCGAAAUCGGCUCUUUCUCCUUCGUGUACCUGCAAGUCAUCUUUUUUCUCACAGGGGUCGGAAUCACCAUCCUGCUCAUGAACUUGCUCAUCGGCGUCCUGGGCCAGAACUACGAGAUCCACACGGAUCGGGCUCAGGUCCUCUUCGUGAGGGCCCGUGCCCGGAUGCUUUUGGAGCACCGCAGUCGGCCCCAAGCCCAGCUCCAGCGGCUCCACCGGAGGCUGCGCUCCAAGAGGCCCCGAGCCGAAGAUGCGGAAGCCUCGGAGGCUGAGCAGGAGAGCCUGAAAGGGAACAAGAUGUCCGCGUGCCAUUUCUGCACGGCCAUGGUGGUGCUCCUCUGCUUCCUGCCCAUCAUGUUUACGGUGAUCGGCUAUCGCCACUGGGACGCCGUCCUGAGCCCCGCGCGGUGCAGCGUGUUUCGGCACAGAACGCUGGCAUUUUUCCUGUUCCUGAUCUUUCCUGUCCUCCUCGCGGUGUCAAUGGUGGUGGCUUUGCCCGUCGCGCUCGGCUUGAUGAGUUUUUGGUUCCUGGGCUUCCGCAUCGAGGGCAUGCAGUACGCAAUGAACCUCACUAUCUUCCGGGUUUUCGGGAAUCAGCCGGCUCGCGAGUGCACAAUCUAUGCCAUGGUCCGGAACGAUUCGGGUGUUGACGAGCUGCGCGGCAUGCGGACCGAUCUCAAGGACAAGAUGCAGAAGCUGGAGGAUGUCUUGCAGAAGCAGCAGAAGGCUCACAAGGAGAGCCUGGCUGAGCAGAAGGAAUCGAUGCAGAGUGUGCAGCAGAAGAUGGACAAGAUCCUCAUGCUGCUCGCAGGAGAGCCAAAACCGUCCGCUGCUCCACCGGAAGGCUGA